GAGGGGCAAAGCGAGCGCGCCCGGCGCCAGGUAUAUAAGGGGGCACUGUGCCGCGCGCCCGCCACCCGCACAGACUGCGGUAAGUGUGCGUGUGCGGACGAUCCGUGGAGGCGGCCCCGCGCUCACCCCGUGUCCCCCAGGCAGCCCCGGCUCCCGGCCCCGCGGCUGCACGGGCAGAGAGAGGCGACGAUGAGGACCGCGGUGGCCCUUGCGGUGCUGCUCCUGGUGUCGGCGCAGGCGCUGGCGGACGACGCGGGCGCCAACGAGGAUGUGAAUUACUGGUCGGACUGGUCCGACAGCGACCAGGUCAAGGAGGAGCUGCCGCUGCCUUUCGAGCACUUUCUGCAGAGGAUCGCCCGGAGACCCCGGCCGCAGCAGUUCUUCGGCUUGAUGGGCAAGCGGGACGCGGGCUAUGGCCAAAUCUCUCAUAAAAGGCAUAAAACAGACUCCUUUGUUGGACUUAUGGGCAAAAGAUCUUUAAAUUCUGGAUCCUCUGAAAGGAACACAGCACAGAAUUACGAACGAAGGCGUAAAUAAGACAUUCCUGUGUAUUAUUUAUUAAACUUCAUUUGUUUAAAUGGCCAAUGCAGUGUAAUAUAAAUUAUCCACUGUAAGGAAUAAUUAUUUAUUUAAUAAUAAUUGUUGUUUUUUGAGUUGUAAAUUCAAUAAAAUGAUUAUUUUUCAUAUUGUGGCAGCGAUACAUGUUGUGUAAGUGUGUUGUGGUUCCAAAAUAACAGCUCCUUAUGGAACAGAAAUUGAUGAUGUUGCACAGCAAAGCACAUUAUUUGACCUGUAAAAUUGUGUUCACCAAACAAACAAACAAAAUUAUUUAAAGCAAUCAUAUCAGCUUCACUACCAAUGCAGAGCAGAACUGGUGUACAGUCUAGUGCCUCAAUUUGUUUCCAUGGUUUAAAAUGUACUGUAAUUUCCAUAUAAAAAUAUAUUUGUAACAUUGCAGCAUGUUUUAUGUUUUGUGGCUACAUAUAUAUAUUUUAAAAAAAGGUUUGAAUGUGAAUUCAAGGUCUUCAUUUCAUAGUCUGGAAUUUUAUGCUCGUAACAUUUUAAAUAAAAACUACUUUUAAGAUUUUGCAACAUA